CCUACAACUGGUGUCCUGUACAAAGAGGAUAACUACAUUAUAAUGACCACUGUGGAUAAAGAAAAAUAUAAAUGUAUACUUCCGCUGAUAGCAAGCGGCAAUGAGGAAGAAGAAAAGGACUAUAAAGGUCCCACUCCAGGAGAAUUGUUGGAACCUCUUUUUAAGCAAAGUAGCUGUUCAUAUAGAAUUGAAUCUUACUGGACUUAUGAGGUCUGCCAUGGAAAACACAUCCGUCAAUAUCACGAGGAGAAGGAAACGGGACAGAAAAUUAACAUCCAAGAAUACUAUCUGGGGAAUAUGAUGAUAAAGAACCCAUUAUCGGAACCAGAUCAAGAAGAGAAGGAAAAUCCAAAAGAGAGUGCAAAAGAGAUACCUACAAAAAAUAUAGAAGGGCAGAUGACCCCAUACUAUCCUGUAGAAAUGGGAAAUGGCACGCCUUGUAGCUUGAGACAAAACCUACCCAGAUCAAGUACAGUGAUGUACAUCUGUCAUCCAGAGGCUAAACAUGAGAUUCUUUCAGUAGCAGAAGUUACAACCUGUGAAUAUGAAGUGGUUAUAUUGACACCUCUGUUAUGCAACCAUCCUAAAUAUAGGUUCAGGGCUUCCCCUGUGAAUGACAUCUUUUGCCAGUCCCUGCCAGGAUCCCCACUUAAACCCCAUAAUCUGGAACAGCUGGAGAAACAGCAGGAAAUGAUGAAGAUGCCUUUUAGGAGGGUUAAGGAGGAAGAAAUGCAUUCAACAAAAGAAGAGAGAUUUUCUUCCAUUCAUAAGCCCGUUGCUGUUGGAAGCCAUCAACUAUUAACUGUGGGAACAACCCACAUCUCCAAAUUGACCGAUGACCAACUCAUAAAGGAAUUUCUUAGUGGUUCCUACUGCUUCCAUGGGGGUGUUGGUUGGUGGAAGUAUGAAUUCUGCUAUGGCAAAUAUGUUCAUCAGUAUCAUGAGGAUAAAGAAAGUGGCAAGACUUCAGUGGUUGUGGGUACCUGGAGCAAGGAGGAACACAUUGAGUGGUCCAGGAAGAAUGCUGCUAGAACCUACUACCUUAGAGAAGACGGCACCCAGACAGUUAG